AAAGUCUUCUCUCUCUUCCCUCUCUCGUUUGCCCUAACGUGAACGCCCGAGACUCUUCCCUCACCGGAGCAAAAUUCUCUUCGAUAUCUCGCGCCCUCUCUUCCAUUCUCCGUUAAAAGAUGUCUCAGGUUGACAAUAGAAAUUCCUCGGCAGCAAAACGUGCCCGGACUGAUGGUGGCCGUAGAGAAGAUGACUGGACAUGUCCCAGUUGUGGGAAUGUUAAUUUCUCCUUCAGGACAACUUGUAAUAUGCGGAACUGUACUCAGCCUAGGCCUGCUGAUCAUAACUCCAAAUCUGCUGUAAAGCCUCUGCAAGCGCCCCAAAACUACCCAGCCUCAGCUCCAUAUAUAGGUUCUGGUGCACCAUCCUCAAUGUAUAUGGGUGUACCUCCUUAUGGAUCUUCUCUCUUCAAUGGGACAUCUAUGCCACCUUAUGACGUUCCAUUUUCUGGGGGAUCUGCCUAUCAUUAUAACUAUGGCAGUCGUCUUUCUGGAGGUAGCCCAUAUCGACCAUUGCAUUUGCCCGGUCCUGCUCCUUACUCUGGUGGUUCCAUGAUUGGAAAUGGUGGGAUGUAUGGUGUGCCGCCAUUAAUGGACCGGUAUGGCUUGGGUUUACCCGUUGGUCCUGCUGCAAUGGGGCCAAGACCAGGAUUUUUUCCAGACGAAAAGUCCCAAAAAAAGGAUGGAGCACGUGAUAAUGACUGGGCAUGCCCCAAGUGUGGUAAUUUGAACUUCUCAUUCAGGACAGUUUGUAAUAUGAGGAAAUGCAACACACCAAAGCCUGGAUCCCAAGGUGCAAAGUCAGGGAAGAACGCAAAACCAGACAUGCCAGAGGGGAGCUGGAAGUGUGAGAAAUGCAACAACAUUAAUUAUCCUUUCAGGACGAAGUGUAACAGACAGAACUGUGGAGCUGAUAAGCCAUCUGAACAGAAAAAGUCGCCAUCCAAGGGAGCUGAUGAAAAUGAUCAGUGAGUACUAGGCCAUGUUUGAGGGUUGAGAAGGUCCAGAGUUGUCGUCAAGUCAAGCAUUGCUCAGUAUGGUGUCUGAAAGUCAGUCAUGUCGUCUUCCUGUUGCAGCGGUGUCGAGUUACUCUGCCUUUUUUACCGUGUCAAUUUGUUGUAUUAACUGAGAUGGAAUAUGGUUUGGUCUUUAAUGGAUCCUUGUUUAGUUGCAUCAGUGUCUGCCAGCUUAUUCUGGCAAAGCUUUUUCAGCACAGUUGUGGGUAUUCUAUAAUAGGAGUUUGUACUUCUGGUAUGUCGUCUAUUCUAAAUUGCACUUAUGCUCGCUCUACUAUCGGCAGGGUGAAAAUUUUUGCAGUC